AUGUUGCCCCCAUUAGUAUUAGAUUUAGGUUGCCAUUCUCUUAAGGCAGGAAUUGCUGGGGAAGCUUUGCCCCAAGUUGUUACUCGUUCUGUUAUAGGUCUAGCAGCAGUAGGUGACGGGUUAGGUGGUUCUGCUGCUGCAGCUGCAGCAGCAGCAGCAGCAGCAGCAGGAGCAGAUGGAUGUAAUAGUAAUGGUAUAUCCUUAUCAUCAUCAUCUUCUUCUUCUUCUGCAGCAGCAGCAACAGCAGCAGCAGCAGCAGCAGCAACAAAAGCUGUAUUGCUGCAGCAAUUCCUUAACCCAUUAGAGAAAACAGAUCAUGUUGAGGUAUUGCCCGUCUUUGAUUAUAAGGCAACAUAUCAUGAUCAACCAGGUACCUAUAUACUAAAUAGACAGGUAAUUCCUCCUCCUCCUCCUCCUCCUGCUGCUCCUCCUGCUCCUGCUGCUGCUGCUGCUGAUGCUGAUGGUGAUGGUGCUGAUGAGGAGUUAACAGGUCCUCGUUGUUUGGGCAGCAGCAGCAGCAGCAGCAGCAGCAGCAGCAGCAGCAGCAGUAGUAGGAGAGGUUUGAUCCUCUCGGAACCAAAUUUUCAUAAUUCACAAAUUCGACAAACUUUUGCUGAAAUCGCAUUCGAGACUUUAAAGGAAGGAUAUUUGCUGCAGCGGCUGCAGCAGGAGAUACCUCUUGGCUGCAAGCAGCUACUUGCUGUUACUAGACAUCUGCUGCAGCAGCACAAUAUUAAUAUUACCCCUGGAUAUGCUGUUAUGACACAGCAGCAGCACGCUGCUGCUCAUGGGGAUCCACCAUCUACUGGUGCAUCAGGGUCACGACAGCAGCAGCAGCAGCAGCAGCAGCAACAGCAGCAGCAAACAGAACGUGUUGUUGCUGCAUGCCCUCAUGUAACAAAAAGCUUCCGUGAAUUUGGGGAGCAGCACGUAUUAGAGGUGCUGCUGCAGCUGCUAGGUAAAUGCAGCUGCAGCAGCAGCAGCAGCAGCAGCAGCAGCAGCAGCAGCGAUGGAUUGAAAAACGCUGAUGGAUCCGCAUCAACGGGAGCAACAACACCAUCAGCAGCAGCAGCAGCAGCAGCAGCAGAACCUUAUGUGCUGCCUGAUGGUACAACUCUUCCUCCUGCUGUAUGUACAGAGAUAGAGAGGACAGUACCUGAUAUAUUUUUCUCUGCUGCGCUGCGGCAGCAGUACCGUAGUUUGCUGCUGCCUGAAUCAACAGCAGCAGCAGCAGCAGCUGGUAUAGUAACAGCAGCACAACAUCAACAACAGCAACAACAAGAUGCAAUAGCAUCAGCAGCAGCAGCAGCAACAGCAGCAGCAACAAAAGGAAUAAUGGACUGUAUAGGCAAGUGUGUAGAUGCAUGCCGUACCUCAGCUAAGAAAGAUGUACUUAAUGCUCUUGUCUUAGCGGGGGGAGGGACACAAUUCCCUGGAUUCGUUAGUAGGAUGAGGGAGGAGGUAUCCCAGUUGAAUUUGGGUGGUCGUGGUGGUGGUGGUAGUAGCAGCAGUAGCAGCAGCAGCAGCAGCAGCAGCAGCAGCAGCAACCAAUUACGUAUAGUAUGCAGCAAAUCAGCUAUAGAGAGACACAUGGCUAGCUGGAUAGGUGGAUCUAUCGUGGGGUGUCUAGGCACCUUUCCUCAGCUAGCUGUUACUAUUGAUGAAUAUAAUGAGUAUGGACCUAGAGGAUCUAUUGAUAGAAAAUGCCCAUAA